AUGAAGCGUGCUGUGUGGUGCAGGUCAUCGUUGUGCUAUCUGCGCGGAGGAGACAGCGGAGAGGGAGGAAGAGAUGAGAGGAAGGAUGGGAGGCAAGAGGAAGGAGUGGGGGAGAGAAGGGAGAAGGUGGAGAAGAUGAGGGAAGGAAGCUUGAAGGGUGGGCAAAAGCGAAUGCCUGGAGGGAUGGCAGAGGGUGAUGUGGAAGGGGGUGAUGUGGAAGGGAGUGAUGUGGAAGGGGGUGUUGUGGAAGGGGGUGUUGUGGAAGGGGGUGUUGUGGAAGGGGUUGAUGUGGAAGGGGGUGAUGUGGAAGGGGCUGAUGUGGAAGGGAGUGAUGUGGAAGGGAGUGAUGUGGAAGGGGGUGUUGUGGAAGGGGGUGUUGUGGGAGGGGUUGAUGUGGAAGGGGGUGAUGUGGAAGGGGGUGAUGUGGAAGGGAGUGAUAUGGAAGGGGGUGUUGUGGAAGGGGGUGUUGUGGAAGGGGGUGUUGUGGAAGGGGGUGUUGUGGAAGGGGGUGUUGUGGAAGGGGGUGUUGUGGAAGGGGGUGUUGUGGAAGGGGGUGUUGUGGAAGGGGGUGUUGUGGAAGGGGGUGCUGUGGAAGGGGGUGUUGUGGAAGGGGGUGUUGUGGAAGGGGGUGUUGUGGAAGGGGGUGUUGUGGAAGGGGGUGAUGUGGAAGGGGGUGAUGUGGAAGGGGGUGAUGUGGAAGGGGGUGAUGUGGAAGGGGGUGAUGUGGAAGGGAGUGAUGUGGAAGGGGGUGAUGUGGAAGGGAGUGAUGUGGAAGGGAGUGAUGUGGAAGGGAGUGAUGUGGAAGGGGGUGUUGUGGAAGGGGGUGUUGUGGAAGGGGGUGUUGUGGAAGGGGGUGUUGUGGAAGGGGGUGUUGUGGAAAGGGGUGUUGUAGAAGGGGGUGUUGUGGAAGGGGGUGUUGUGGAAGGGGGUGUUGUGGAAGGGGGUGAUGUGGAAGGGGGUGUUGUAGAAGGGGGUGUUAUGGAAGGGGGUGUUGUGGAAGGGGGUGAUGUGGAAGGGGGUGAUGUGGAAGGGGGUGAUGUGGAAGGGAGUGAUGUGGAAGGGGGUGAUGUGGAAGGGGGUGUUGUGGAAGGGGGAGAUGUGGAAGGGGGUGUUGUGGAAGGGGGUGUUGUGGAAGGGGGUGAGAUGGAAGGGGGUGAUGUGGAAGGGAGUGUUGUGGAAGGGGGUGUUGUGGAAGGGGGUGUUGUGGAAGGGGGUGUUGUGGAAGGGGGUGUUGUGGAAGGGGGUGUUGUGGAAGGGGGUGUUGUGGAAGGGGGUGUUGUGGAAGGGGGUGUUGUGGAAGGGGGUGUUGUGGAAGGGGGUGUAGUGGAAGGGGGUGUUGUGGAAGGGGGUGUUGUGGAAGGGGGUGUUGUGGAAGGGGGUGUUGUGGAAGGGGGUGAUGUGGAAGGGGGUGAUGUGGAAGGGGGUGUUGUGGAAGGGGGUGUUGUGUUGACAGAGGGCGAAUGUAUUGCGGGAGUAAGAGCAUGGUGA